CACAACUAACCCACACCCUUUGCCCUAGAAAACCCCAAAUCAAAACCCAAAAAGAUUCUGCAGAAUAUUUGUUAAAACUAACCUCAAUGUUGUUGCAAAUUGCAAUACAACCAGCAAACUAAGUUAGACGAUUGCACCACACACAACUCCCACCCAAUUACCGGGAAGAAAGAAGUUGAAGAAAAAAAAGAGAAUAGUGGGAAGAGAGCACGAACAGGAAGAAAAAAACAGACAGAAGAAGUAUGGAAGCUCUGGAGUUCCCCAGCGCUGCAUUGUAGUUAUUGUUUGGGAUUCUUAUAGAUUUAUUUGUCCAGUCCAGCCCUAAGGAGUAUGAAAGUUGAAGGCUUUCCCAGUAAAAGCACCAUUUCAGCAAUCAAACGCGGCUUUCAGAGUCAGUGUGUUUCCAAUGUCAAAUUGGAUGGUGAAGAUUUUGUGUCAAAAUUGCUUGAUAGAAGAUGGACAUUACCCCACCCAGAUGCCAAAAUUCACCAAGUAAUGCUCUCCACUAGCGAAGUAUCACAACCAGGCAGAGCCUUCUCUGGUGUUUCCUUCUUCAACAAAAUUAACCCAUAUUUUAGUCAUGGUUUGAUGGACAAGGACGAUCGAGAACCUUCUUUCUUUAUUGUGAGGGAUGACCUGUUGCAUCCGUUGAUAAAUGGUAAUAAAGCUAGAAAAUUGGAUGGAUUGAUUCCCCUUGUCGAAGAUCACUCAGUGACUCAUGUGGUCACAUGUGGAGGUUGUCAAAGUGCACAUGCGGCAGCUGUUGCUGUUUCAUGUUCAGAGAGAGGACUAAAAUCAGAUUUACUUCUACGAGGAGAGCAGCCUGAAAUACUAACAGGCUAUAACUUGAUGUCAACAAUAUAUGGAAACGUCACAUAUGUUCCAAGAUCUCUUUAUGCCAAUAGGGAAAAGAUGUUAAAGAGCCAUGCUGAUUAUUUGGCAGGCAGCAGUGGUAAUGUCAUAUGGUUUGAUGAUAUUUUGGAGGCUUCUUUGAGUGAAAAUUAUGGUGCUAUGAGCUUUUUGCAAAAGGAUGCUUAUAGAAGUGACCAUCCUCGGAAAAUCGUAAUUGUUAACGAAGGUGCAGGAGAUGUUGUAGCAUUACUAGGCCUGAUUCGCCUAGUGCAGUACUUAUCCCAGAAUCACAUACUUGGGAAAGAAAGGCCCUUGAAGCUUGUUGUAGAUGCUGGAACUGGGACAACAGCUGUUGGUUUAGGACUUGGAGCCAAAUGUUUGGGGCUCCCAUGGGAGGUAACUGCAGUGAUGCUGGCUGAUACAAUUGAUGGGUAUAGACGUCAAGAGAAGCGUUUGAUUUCCGAUUUCAAGAGGCAUUUUGGUCUACAAAUUCACCACUGCUUUGAUGAAAUAGAUAGAGGACUUGUGCACUGGGUAGAACGUUGCCAUCCAAGAAAGUUUGGCAAUGUUUUAGAAGGGGAGGUAGAGGCAUGUCAACACAUUGCACAACAAACUGGUAUAUUAGUGGAUCCAGUGUAUACACUUGCUGCGUGGGAGAUGUCAACGGUCCUUCGUGAACAGGAAGCAGAAGGAGGUGCAACAGUGGUGAUGCUUCACACUGGAGGCACUCUAGGCAUGUUUGGAUUAGCACAGAGAUACAAAUCUUACUUCUCUAACCUCAAAGCUGGGCUUUCCAACUAAACAGGUAGCUGAGUUCACUGGAUUCAUUUGAACAGUUCAAAUUCAUACCUUUGUAUCUCCAUUCAACUUUCAAUUGAUUUUGAGAAGUUGUAGUGAAAUAUUCUUAAAGGUCACUUGUCAAGGUGUUUUGAGCAGUGACUGAGCGUUAGCUUUGGUCUCAAGGGAUGAUUGUGUAUGGGCCGGGCUAGAGAUCAUACCCAGACCAGAAAUACAAACUACAGAAAUACCUGUUUAACAAGCUACAGAAAUACCUGUUUAACAAACUACAAUACAA